CUUUGGCUACACUUUUCCUCCGCCCUUCGGUUGUCACCGGAACAUACGUAUGAUCUACCCGGAAGUUCAAAAUGACCCUGAUCGUACGUCGCCAUUAGAGAGACACUUGGAGAAAUCAGAUCUCAGAACACCAUGGGCCGCCACUUUGGAGAUUUGGCGAGGAUCAGGCAUGUGAUCACCUACAGCAUCUCCCCAUUUGAACAAAGGGCCUUUCCCAACUAUUUCUCCAAGGGAAUUCCCAAUGUGUGGAGACGAUUCACAGGAUCCGUCUUCAAAGUUGCUCCCCCAAUGGUGCUGCUGUACCUCACCUACACAUGGGGCAACCACGUCCAUGAACAGGGCAAGAGGAAGGAUCCCAAACUUUAUGAGAAUGACGAGUAGCAUGAGGCAAAGAGAGCUUGGUGGACAUCCAUCAUCAAAUACAUCACCGUCUGUUCUUGAGCUGCUUUCACCAAGAAAUUAAAUAUUUAUUUGUCAUCUUCGUUCUAAUAAAAUUGAAGAUACUAUUGCCUAGAAACCUGUUCAUUGUUAUAAGCCCAAUUUCAGCAACUAUAUUUAUAUGUGAAGUGGUAUAGUUAUGACUAUCAGCUGCACUUGGCCAAAGCAAUGAAUUUGAGUGUCAUCUUCAAUAGGGUGCUUUGCUGUUAAUCUUUCCCACAGGAAAACUAGACUUUAUCAUUUUAAAACCAGAUGUAUUUUUUUUCCAGUUAUUUUUGUGCGACUUUUUAAAUCGGCUGAUGUUCUGUAUUGACUGGUAAAAUGAAUGUGUUUAAAAAGAAAUCCUAAGUAUUUUACAUUUCACUAAUAAAGGAAAUUUAGUCUUGGUGAACUUGCA